AUGUACAACUACAGCUGCAGCGCUGCUGCAGUUGAGAGAUGCAGAGCCAUGCUGCCAAGUGCGGACCAUACAGCCUCUGCUCCCACCUCGACGCUCUCCAAGGUUUGGGAGUUCAUCCUUUCGGGUCGGGCAGGCCCAGGGCAAAGGCUGGGUUUCGGCGCAGCGGGGCUGGUACAUCAAGCAGAUUGGUUAGCUUCUUUGACGAUGGGAAGUGGCUCACCAGCCUCAGAUCAUGCAAUCGCUGCAGCAUCACGCCGGGUUGAGAAAGAGCAGGUGGUCGAGAAGGCGGUGCAAAAGGCCGUAAAGGCGGCAGUGGCCGAGCUGCAAGACGUGGAGAUCAGCCUCCAUGUGCAGACACCUACGCGGAGAAUACAGGGUCUCAGGGACGAGGACGGGACUCCAAACCGUGGAACGCCCGUCACUGCCCUGAGCCCAGUGAGCCCACUGAGCCUGGUCUCAUCGCCGGGAGAGGCCGGUCAUUUGGCCAGACGCUUUGCGGCCGCAGGCUUGCGGCGGGGACGGGCUGCGGACGCCUACGGAGCCGUCAGCAUCGCUGAAGCAAAGGCGGUGCUUGUCACCGAGGAAGGUUGGGGCCGCGUCUUCUACUAUCCCUUCGAUUCUGUCGAGGCGGCUAAGGAGGUUUUUCAAGCGUGGCAGCACACGGCACGCAUCCUCUACCACUUUGAUCCGACGAUCGGGCUUUUGAUCAAGGAGGCCGACGUGAAUGGAGGUGCGUCCUUGGGGCUCUCGAUUCCUACCAUCCGUACUGACUAUCACAAUGCCCUGAAGCUGGGCUAUGACAUUGAAAGGCUCUGCUGGCCCGAGUGGCUGCUUGCAGAGGAGCAGGUAGCCAGGCUGUUGCCGCAGAGCGUGGUGGCUCCGGGCACGACCUUGGGCCAUGUCGGUGCAGAAUCAUCUAGGUGGCUGGGGCUGCCCGAGUCGUGCCGGGUCCUCGCUGGCACGACGGAUUCCAUAGCAGCCUUCCUAGCUGCUGGCACGACGCAGGUUGGUGAAGCUGUCACGUCCCUUGGUUCCACCUUGGCCAUCAAGAUGCGAAGCCUGGUUCGAGUGGAGGAUGCGGCCUUCGGGGUUUACAGCCACCGCCUGGGCGGCAGCCCGCUGCAAUGGCUCGAUCCGGACACAGAGCAGCAACUUCAGACUUGGGCCUUACACGUACACAUUCCGAGAGCCGCUUCAGUUCUGGCCCGCGCUAUGUCGGAGCGUCGGAAAGUUCUGAUGCUGAGCGGCUGGGGGACUGGGCCGCUGGAGGUCCUGUGCACACACUUCUCCUCUGUGGAGUUUCUGGAGCCUACAAUUCCGAAGCCACCAUUGGGAAGUGCGACCCUCCGGAGCCCGUACUGCUGGCUCCUCGCGGGAACGGCGGUACUUUGCUCGCUGGUACUGGUCGCUUGCGACCUCUGGUUUGUGUCCGGUGCGGCAUGGGGUCUCCGGUUCACGGCGGUGAUGCUGGCAGCCCUCGUCAUGCGCCUUUGCGUCGCUGGCCUCGUGCACCGUGCCCUGCAAGAUGGGAAGCACGUUCUUCACAAGGCCAUCCGUGAUUUUGAACCGGACUUGCUGCUGGGCUUUUCGUGGGGCGGUGGCUUGAUCAUGUGGCUGCUGGCGGAAGGGGAUUGGAAUGGACCGACCGUUCUUUUGGCACCUACAUAUCGUGCGCUGGCGCGAAUCGGCUGCACCACCCUAGCCCUGUCGAACAAGACGUGGCCUUCAGUACACGUUUUCCAUGCCUUGAAUGACCGGUAUUGCCCAGCUGUACAAGUACAAGAGCUGCGUGCAGCCGGCUGUACCGUGCAUCUUUGCGAUGACGACCACAUCUUGAUGGGCCGUCAGAGUGUGUUGGACAUCGCCAGAUGCUUUCGACAGCUUCUGGGCGACUCGACAGAAGGUCGAGAAGAAGGCUUGGGCAAGGCCAGCGUGGCCAGCAGCCUCUGA